UUCUCUGGAAAGCACGGCAUUUAUUUAUUUUCUCCUUAAUUAGGUAAAAUAACCUUCAGAACCGGCAACAGGCAUGAAUCAUCUCACCUGGUAUUUGAGGAGGCACACAAGGAUUUUUAUUACGGGCUUGAUAUUGACUCCAAAGACAAUUUAUCAGUGAAGGUUAGACGCAAUUCGUUUUAAAAGUUCGAAUUAUUCGAAAGCACAUCUGCUCUUUUAAAAUUAGAAAAAUAUAGUACACUAACUGAUAUAUUAAGUAAUUAGAGUUACCGUCCUUCAGCACAGGGUCGGUAAUAAGAUGUUUUAAAAGAGAAUAUACCAACACACUCAACGACGAAUUUUCACCUGCCUCUAAAAAGCUGUCUCUAAUCAACUUAAUAACUAAGAAUUCAUCUUCAGGUAAAUUCAUUUACAUCUGAUAAAUUAAACAAGUUGGAAUAAUCGUCACAAUCGCAACAAUAGAAUGCGGAAUCGCAUUAUUCAUAACAUUACCAAUGCAGUCACCGGGUUCUGCAGGGGUAGUUGGAAACUAUUCAUUGACUAUAAAUGCUUAUUAUUUCAGAAUUGAAAAUUACUAAAAUUUAAAUUGGAUGUUUUUUCUCAACACACUUAGCAGGAGCACCAGCCCUAAAAUACCUUUUAGAAUUUCUUGAAGAUACCCCAUUUAAAAAACAGUGAGCCUUUAAUGUAUCUGAUUGCAUUGAAGCCAUCUUGAACGGUAGAAAGAAUCCAAUCCAUUUUCAAUGCAUUCACUGCGGCGACUAAUGAAGCUAUCAAAGUUGGAAACUCUUCACUAAUUAUUAAAUGCUAUUUUAGAAUUCUAAAACGCCGAAUUUUCGACUGGGUGUUUUUUCUCAACAGUGCUGGAAGAAGGACGCAGACCCUUCAAAUCAGGCUUCUCUACAAUUUCAAUCCGCGCAAGUGAACGGUGGGCCUUUCAUCAAUCUGAUCGCGUUGAAGAAAUCUGGGGAAGAGAAAACCGAUUCAUUAUUCCUUGCUUCAAGUAGCGAUGGGACGUUGUCACUGAGGCCAUAUCACCACCUCGAUGAACCUCACCCGGAUGAGCUCUUUCUUAAAACAAAUGUCUAGAUAGAACAAUAAGCAUAAAAUAGAG